UAAUGUUUUUAAAUUUUUUCAUGACCAUUUGAGGGACAUGAAAAAAAAAAUAUGAGAACAUUCCCUCGAUGGAUCAAAAUUGUUUCCAUUUUAUUGAGGGACUUAAAAUAUUCUAGGCCAGAAUAGACUGCAACUUAUGUGCGGCCCAUGCUGUUGGGCCGGAACGGAUUAGAGUAGGCCAGAUUACUACUUACGUGCAGCCCAUAUGAUUGGGCCUGCAUGGGCCGCUGACACAGGCGCGAGCGGGUCCAACGCCACGAAGAAUUCGGAGCUCGAGUCGGUGACGGAGUCGGCGUCUCGAUCGCCUACAAGACGUCGAGGCCGAGGCGGGCCCCGGACGUCCAUCACCCACACGCGCAUCUCCGGUCGUAGUGGAUUGAUUUGCCUCGUGAUUCGUGAUGGUUCUCCGGCUGCCUGACCCCUCGCACGGCGGCGGCGCGCCGCCGCACGACCACACCGAGGACGAGUGGUUCAAGGAGCGGUACGGCGGCGGCGGCGGCGGAGGGGACGCGCCGAGGUCGUCGAGGGCGGUGAAUCCCGUGCCGCCCUACGGGAGGCGAUCGGCGCUCGCGCCUCGGAGGAAGGAGGACUUCGGCGACGGCGGCGCCUUCCCCGAGGUCCACGUCGCGCAGUACCCGCUCGACAUGGGCCGCCGCGGCGGCGACGGCGACGGGGAGCAGCGGGGGUCUUCCGGCGGCGUGCUCAGCCUCACCGUCGAUGGGAGCGGCGGCCGCGUCGAGUUCGACGCCGUCGUGAGACAGGGGGAGAACGCCGGGAAGACCGUGUACUCCAGCCCCGGCGACGUCUUGCCCAAGAUCAACGCCGCCGCCGCCGACGCCGACGAUGACGAGCAGGCGGCCGUGGAGGAGACCACGGCGCGGACGAGCGCCGCGCUGCGUGCGAUCGUCGAGAAACGCCUCUCCGCCGUGCAGCCGUCGAACACCCUGGCCAGCAACCACGACCCGGAAUUCAUCAAGUACACGCCUGCGCGGCAGACAUCGGCGUUCAACUCCGGCGCGGCGGAGAGGAUCAUCCGGAUGGGGGAGACCCAGCAGGACCCGCUCGAGCCGCCCAAGUUCAAGCACAAGCGAGUGCCCGCCCCCGCCGGGUCGCCGCCGGUGCCAGUGCUGCGCUCGCCGCCGCGGCCACCGUCGCAGAAGGACCACGACGACUGGAAGGUGCCGCCCAGCAUCUCGAGCUGGAAGAACCCCAAGGGCUACUCCAUCCCGCUCGACAAGCGUGCGGCGUUGGACGGCCGCGGCCUGCACGACGUCCAGGUGAGCGACGCCUUCGCCGCGCUCGCCGAGGCGCUGUACGCCGCCGAGCAGAAGGCCCGGGAGGCCGUCGAGACGCGCGCCAAGGUACACACCGAGAUGAAGAUGAGGGAGAAGGAGAAGGCCGAGCAGCAUCUCCUCCAGCUCGCCACGAAGGCGCGCGCGGAGAUGCUCGGCGCCGCUCCUCCGGCGCCGAGCGAGCGGUCGAAGGCGGCAGCAGAGCGCGACGCGAUACGCGAGGAGCGGAGGCGCGAGAGGCGGCUCGAGGCGAGGGCCGCCGCCGCCGCGGCGAGCAAGAAGAGCGCGGCCACCCGGGACAGGGACCGCGACGUCAGCGAGAGGAUCGCCCUGGGCAUGGCGAACACCGGCGGCGGCGGCGGCGAGGUCACCUACGACCAGCGGCUGUUCAACCAGGAGAAGGGAAUGGGCUCCGGGUUCGCCGGCGACGACCAGUACAACGUCUACUCCGGGAGGCUCUUCGCGGCGCAGCCGGCGCUGUCGACGCUCUACAAGCCGAGCAAGCACGGCGAGGAGGACCCUGACGCCUACGGCGACGCCGACGAGCACCUCGGGAAGAUUGCCAAGACACGCAGGUUCGUGCCCGACAAGGCGUUCACCGGAGCUCCGGCGAGCGUGGCCGCCGGCAAGAGGGAGAGGCCCGUCGAGUUUGACGGGCCGGAGAUGGAGGAGGAUCCGUUCCACCUUGAUCAGUUCUUGACUCAGAUGAAGAAGGGGAAGCAUCAGUGACCAACAAGAUGGUAUACUGUCCUUGUAAGCAAGAACUUUGAUCUCAUCUUCUUUGUAUUUCGUUUUGUUUGUGAAUUUUCUCAU